AUGUUUAUGAAAUCAUGGGCUCAUAUUUGCAGAUUACAAGAAGACAAUAAAGCCAAGGAGUUUCCUCUUCUACCGGAGGAUCUAACUCCAUGUUUAGACCGUACGGUCAUCAACCUUCCGUCAGGAUUUGAGCAAGAGAUGAUGGAACUUUUAUUCUAUCUCUCAAAAAACAUCGACAACUUAAGAAACCUGAGGCCACCUCCAAAUAGUGAGAUCAGUCCGGAUGUUGUUCAUGCCACGUUUGAGUUAACUGCGGAGAAUAUUGAGAAACUACGAGAGAGAGUCAACACUCACUCAUCUCGAUCUCUGCUUCAGCUUCACUUGUCAACCUUUGUCAUUGCAUAUGCUUACGCAUGGACGUGUCUGGUGAAAUCGCGUGGAGGCAACCCGAACAGGCUGGUAAUCUUUCUUUAUGCAGCUGACUUUAGAUAUCGGUUAGACCCGAAAGUUCCAGCGACAUACUUUGGGAACUGUGUGUUCCCGAUAGGUUGGUUCGAAUACGAAGCAAGGACGUUUUCGGAAGAAGAUGGUUUUGUGAACGCAGUGGAGAUUCUAAGCGAUUCGGUUAAAGGCUUGGGCUCGCGGAGGAUAGAGUCACUCUGGAAGGACUACUUGGAGGGAUCAAGUAAAAUAAAAUCGGCUACACAAUUUGGAUCAGUUGCAGGGUCCACCCGAUUAGGGGUGUAUGGGUUAGACUUUGGGUGGGGCAGACCAGCAAAGACAGAGGUUCUGUCCAUUGACCGUUCCGAAGGAUUCUCUAUGUCGGAGAGAAGGGAUGAGCCAGGUGGUGUGGAGAUGGGAUUGUGCUUGAAGAAAAUUAUGACCGACCCGGUGGUCGGACCGGGUUCAACCAUGAAUCGGACAUAUGACUGGAUUGGGUUUCCGGUCUGGUUUAAAAACAAUUAA